GUAGGGAACUUUACUGCUAAAUUCACUCUGUAAAGAAGAGGUGUAGAGACAGGGUUAAAAGGACAAUUCCAAAUAGGGUUGGGAUGCCAAUGCAAUACACUGUCAAAAUGAGUUUUUAGUUUUCUCUUGCAAGCCUAAAAUAGUAGUAAACCCUUGAUAGUUCACUGAUAAGUUAAGCCCCUCCUUCUUUCAGCCCACCCUUUCACCCAGAAACCACAGGCUUUUCUCAGAAGCUUCUGGGUUUGGUUCGGUUUUUUUUCUUCAGCUCUUCUGUCUGCCACCCUAGUACAUCUGAAAAGGGGGCAGCGACCAGGAAAAGUGACGCGCGAGCGUUUUCCCAUCCUGGCCAGUCAGGUCUGAAUCAUCACAACUUCAUUGCAUUUUCCCCCUCGGCCAGCAGCAUUCGAGAUUUUCCCUCGAAGAGUAUGUCUUGUACUUAGAAGGAAGAGUGGUGGAGACGAAGAGGCGGAGAACAGGAGCGGGGUGAAGGGCGUGGAGGGCUGCCCCGCUCGGGGUCAGAGUUGCCGCGGGUCCCGCCGCUGUGGGGCCGCGAGCCCAGGAAAGUGCGGUGGGACUGGCGCGCGCGGGACGGGCUGCAGCGGCGGGCUGGACCAGGCGGCGCGCACCUGAGAGCCGGGGGCGGGGCGUCGGCGGGCACGACCCUCCCCCCCCACGGCGCGCCGCGCCCCUCGCUCGCCGUCUCGGCCCUUUCCGCCCGCGCUUCGGCGCCGCUCGGCUCCCCUCCCGCCCCUCGCUCCCUCCCUCUCUCUCUCCCUCCUGGCCCGGCGGAGCCUUGAGCUCCGGCCGCGAGUUGGCUGCGGCUCUUUCCGCGCCGCCGCGUGGGUUCACCUGGGCGCCGACUCCCAGACCCGCGCCUGGCCCUCCAGGACACCUCUCAGAGCUGCCGGCCGCCGGGGGAGUCCGGGCCGCCCCCGCGCCCCGGGGGUCGUUCCCUCGCAUCCUCCCGGCCUCGGGAAGGCAGAGGCGGCGGCGGCUGGAGCCGGGCGGGGCGGCCUGAGGUGAGAGCCCGGCCGGUCCCGCUGGGAAUAUGGCGACCGGUGGCUACCGGACCAGCAGCGGCAGCAGCGGCAGCACCACAGACUUCCUGGAGGAGUGGAAGGCGAAGCGCGAGAAGAUGCGUGCGAAGCAGAACCCCCCGGGCCCGGCCGCUCCGAGCGGGGGCGGCAGCGACGCGACCGGGAAGCCCCCAGCGGGAGCUCUGGGCACCGCCGCCGCCGCCGCCGCCGCCGCCGCCGCGGCCAACGAGCUCAACAACAACCUCCCGGGCGGCGCGGCCGCACCUGCCGCCCCCGGCUCUGGGGGCGUGAACUGCGCCGUGGGCCCAGCGGCGCUGCCCCGGUCCGCCCCCGGCCCCCGGCGGCCCGAAGACGAGCCGCCCCCCACGGCCGCCGCCGCGGUCUCCGCCUCGGGGGCACCGCCGGCCCGGGGCGACGAGGAGGAGCGCGACGGCGCCCCGGAGAAGGGCAAGAGUGCGGGCCCCAGUGCCAGGAAAGGCAAGGGGCAAAUCGAGAAGAGAAAGCUGCGGGAGAAGCGUCGCUCCACCGGCGUGGUCAACAUCCCCACGGCGGAGUGCUUAGAUGAAUAUGAAGAUGAUGAAGCAGGGCAGAAAGAGCGGAAACGUGAAGAUGCAAUUACACAACAGAACACGAUGCAGAAUGAAGCUGUCAGCUUAUUAGAUCCAGGCAGUUCCUACCUGCUACAAGACCCAUCUAGAACGGUUUCAGGCAGAUAUAAAAGCACAACUGCCUCUGAAGAAGAUGUCUCAAGUAGAUAUCCCCGAACAGAUAGAAGUGGGUUCAGCAGAUACAACAGGGAUGCAAAUGCUUCAGGUAAUUUGGUCUCAAGUAGCAUGUUGGAAAAGAAAAUUGAAGAUCUUGAAAAGGAAGUAGUAAGAGAAAGGCAAGAAAACUUAAGACUUGUGAGACUAAUGCAAGAUAAAGAGGAAAUGAUCGGAAAACUCAAAGAAGAAAUUGAUUUGUUAAAUAGAGACCUAGAUGACAUAGAAGAUGAAAAUGAACAACUAAAGCAGGAAAAUAAAACUCUUUUGAAAGUUGUUGGUCAGCUAACAAGGUAGAAGAUUCAAGUCCCAGUGUGGAAAAAAUAUUUUAAAACUACUGAUUGAAUGUUAUAGUUGAUGGUGGGGACAAUAUUCCUAUGCUGCAAUACAUUAAGUAUGUAUAUUUAUUUCUAGAAAACAGUGGGUUUUUAUUUUCAAAAUACUUCUUUUUCAUUAUUUCAAAACAGUAUCAACCUUCUAUUUCACGAAUAAGUAACAUCUUUCAGUUAUUAAAAUGAUAGGUUAUGCCUCUUUUGGUUUUGUGUGGUAUUCAAGUAAUACAUGAUUUAAAGUCACAACCAUUUGAAUAUAUUUUUAUCUAUGGUAGUGUGUUUUCUCCCUAAAGGAAUACACAUAGUCUUUGUUUACAUGAAUUCAAAUACUUUUGGGGAAUUACCAGCAAUUGCCUUAUUACUGAUGUGUGCAAACUUAUAUGUGUUGUUGAUUUACUCAUAAAGGCUUUGUCUAUUGUCAUUUGUUCUUUCAACUUAUUCUAAGCAAUUUAGAGUAAUAGAGUGUCACCAUUUUGUAUAAGUCAUCUUUAAAAAGGAAAGCUAUUAUGAAAAGUCAAUUAAUAUCAUGUACUAGUUGGCUAAAUAUAAAAUUUUAAAGAAUACUUGAAUUGUGCUACAGUAAAUUAAAAUAUACAAUUUUUGUAUUUGAAUGUUGAAGAAAAUUUAAAAUCACUUUAGCUUCUGAAAGACAUACACUUGUAAUUUCAUUGUAAAAUUUCUUAUGUAGGUACUGUUUUUUAUUAUUUCAAGAUUUAUAAAUGAACAUGGGAUAUUUAAAAAGUUUAUUCAUCAGUCCUGGAGAGGGUGUACAAUUUCAGUGUAAAAGAAAAAAAAAUCCAUAUUUUUAAUUGUCAUUUGCAUUAAAAACAAAACCAAAAUAUUUAUCCACACUUAAAACAUUUACAGUUACAUUUACAAAACAAUACAUAAACAGAAAUAGUAUUGAAAUACUUUGCUUAUUCUAACUUGGAGAAUAACACUGUGAUACAGUUGUUCUCAUAUGAGAGAAUUAUUCCCCUACUUCAAAUUUAAGGGAUUUUCUUCCUAAUGUUGGAUUUUUAAAAACAAUUUUUCUAAAAAUUUUGAAGAAAUAUAUACGUUUUCUAUUAAGUAUCAUUUAAUAUUUAGAGUUGUAUAUUAAAUUUUUAUGUUGAGUAAGGAAACCCCCUCUUUUAAAAUAUAUUAACAUUAAGAAAUGUCUGUCUGAUAAUUGAAUCCUAAACAGUAUACUGAUACCGUUUUGUCCAAUUAAACGUAGUAAAAUCCAUUUUGGGUAACCUACUGUCUCUUUUUCUUCACUUGGCAAGUCCCUUCAUUAUUUACUAUUAAAAAAAUAGGGAAGUGAGACAACUGGACAGAAUGUAAAUGAUAAAUAUCACAUGUUGAAUUCUAAAAAUUCUUUGCGGUUACCUAGAUUGGCUUCUCAUUUCAGAAGUUUCAGCCUUGGCUGAUCAUUAGAAUCAUUUGGAUUGCUCACAGAGAAUUCCCUGGCUGUAAUUUCUAGAUAGAUUUAGGUUGAGACCCUGGAUAGAAUUUUUAAAGCUCACCAUCUGAUGAUUCCGAUCAUAAUUAAGUUUGGAAAUAGCUGCUGUCGCCUCUUUCCUUUCUAUAUCUUCCACUGGACAUCCUAGAAUUAACAUAUGUUAGUUACCAGCAUUUUGUCCCCCUUUUAGUUUAUUUAAUAAUUUAUCUGGUCUCUGGGGAAGUUUUCAUAUGUUUAAAUAUAUUUACCAAAAAUUUCAAUGUUAGAUUACCAAACUUGAUAUAGUUGCAGAAUUACUGCAUAAGGGCAUCCUUUUUGGAGAAUGUUACCCAGCAUGGGAACAGUGACCUGCUGUCCACACGUCAGAGGGGUAUGCCAGGCUCAGUCACUGCCUUGGCUGUGAGGCACUCAUCUCCCUUCAGUUACCCUUAGGUAUUUUGCAGAAAUAUUGGUAUUACGUAGUUUUACAUCCAAGCUUUGGAUGUUGUGAAAAUGCUGUUAGUAUCCAGCAUUAUAGUGUGCUGGUUUUUCAGUAAAGUUUUUGAAAUUUCUAUUUAAUCCAUAUGUAAGGAAAGGAAUAUUUCAUUUCUCUUUUAAAAAUUAUACCAGUUAUUAGUGCUUUUAAAGACUGAGCUGUUUUUAAAUUUUCCUUUUCUUCAGUUUAUUAGGAAAAUUUCCAACAAUGAUUUUUUACAUAAUGGUACCUAGUGCAAAUACAGAAGCCUGACAACUUAGGCAGAUCAGUUCACAAGCAGUCCUUCCUCCUGUCCUUAAAAUGUGUAUUUAUAUCACUUAAAGAUUUUUACACUGAAUAUUGAAAAAUUAAGUAGGAUCUGCUACAAUUUCCCUUUAAAAUGUAUAAAAAGCAUUGAGAUUUUAAAAAGGUAAAUACAUGUGCACUACCUUAGAAAACCUGGCUGUUGUCAAUAAAGUGCUAGUAUUUGUGAAAUUACUAGUUCCAUUCAGAAAUUAUAUUUCUUGGGACUUUAAGGCAUAAUAAAGCAUAUUCAAAGUU